AUGGCACAACAAGUUACUAACACUGCCGCAAGGGAAGACGCUGAAGCUCAACAUGCUGCUACUCCUGCUUUGGUGGCUGCACAAAACCAUGCUGAAGAAAAUGCUCGUCGUGUUCAGCUUGAGAAGCGUGAACAAGCUGCUGCUCAGACGAGGGGGAAUGCUAUUGCACGGAGACCUCUAUCAGUGAGUUUAGAGGGUGUGACUUGCUUCAAGUGCAACAAGACAGGGCAUUAUGCUAACAACUGUAAUGAGAUGGUGUGUUGGAACUGCAACAAGUUAGGCCAUCAUUCUAGGGGUUGCAAGGCUCCUAAGGUUGAGGUUGCUGCGAAUGUUGCUGGGACAAGGAGGCCUACUGCUGGUGGAAGAGUCUACUCGAUUACUGGAACUGAAGCUGAUGAAGACGAUGGUUUAAUCCGCAGUACCUGCGAGAUUGCGGUUUGGAUGAUCUGCACUUUUGUACUUGGAGUUAGAUUCAAGAUAUGGAUGUAA